UGGAGUCAUGGCAAGGCAACCUUGUGUCUGCCGGGGCUUCUGUGCCAUGUCGUACACCACCUUCUUCCCCGGCCGAAGCCCACCAACAAGAACGCGUCUGGUCCUUCCAGAUCGGCUCUGGGAUUCACCAUGGUUUCUUCAUGCGCCCGUAUGUGUGGGUGGUCCGGCGGCUUGCGUAAGUGGCCUCUUUUGUGUAUCAGCUUCGGCGACAUAUGCCGCAUCGUUUCUAAGCAUGGAAGAAAAUCCUCCCCAGUGAAUUGGAAAUUCGGGGGGGCAAUCUCUCAAGAUUCCAAAGUUUCGUAAGGCGGACCCACAUUCCAUGGUUCGCAUCUGGAAGUCAUGGGUUGAUCAGCUGGAGAUGGGAGGUUGGCCAGCGCCCGGGCUACGGCUUGCGAGAUGGAUAUAUUGUCAAGAGGUUGUCCAAAUUCUGCAGCUUCUUCUGCCAGUUAGCUCGCUUUGCUUCCUCGACUAUACUUUCUCUUCUCUCUUGCACCCACCUACUCCGCCCUUUACACAGCUCGGCUGUAACGGGGCAACAGUUUCUGCACAUAUGCUUAGCUUUUCUCUAUUCUUUGAUCAGGACUCACCACUGAGAAACCGUUCUCCAUAAUGCUCCCCAUGAACUCUUCUACACAGCCGAGCAACUGGACCGGACAGGCUGCCGGGGCACCAGUUACUUUGCAUCCUCCACCCUCGGACACUUCUCUGCCUCCUAAGCUACCGCACUUGACCUUCGAAAACCCUGAUGAUAGCGACAGCACCGAAUUUGACGAUUCCAACAGCAGUGAAGAUGAUGAAUCCGACACAGAGGCAAGCCCGGUCGAGGCUAUCAAAAACAACAUGGCCAACCCUUUGAGGGCGGAAAGGCUUCGCGUUCCGCCGUUCAGCGUACCGCAGGCAAAUGUUGGCUUCCAGAGAGCUCAAACUCCGAUCGAGUCUGCACAGGCAAAGGUGCUCGAGGACCUUGUCAACAAAGUCUCAAAACUGGAGACAGAACUGGGUAAAUUUCGAGGCACCGCAUCGGCCCCAGACCAUGAAGACCGCCAUGCCGGGGCAUCACCCUUCACUACACCAGGUAUUCGACUCCAACCACCCACUUACCCGGGACAUAUCAACAGAGCGCCGUCUCCUCGGCAAACAGCUCCUCGGAUAGUCACCGGUCAGACAACCUCAGCCUUCCCUGAGCUAGCACCCCGAUCACCAUCCGGUGUUCAGUUCAGUUCACCAGUGCCGCCCUUCUCGUCUGGCGGCCACUCGGCGGGUCCGUUUCCGGGUGUAAAGACACCCGUGGUUGAGAUUUCCGCUGUUGACCUCAAAUGGGGUCCGCUGUUCGACGAAAAGGGAGCGCCAACAAAAAGAUGGGAGCAAGUGUUGAAAGGUCUUGGUCAAUACAUUCUCGAUGAAUUUAUGCCACAAAAGACGUUGGUGAUGGCUCCUCAAAAGAUGGCAGCUUUCUACUCCCAGCACAACAUCGAGUGUGAGGCAGUUUCAUUCCUCGAAAUAUUUCGAAGCCGGAAUCAAGACGUCCAUGUCAGAUUGUCGGAGCUGUAUGACCAGCUCGGGUUCGAAUAUCACUUGGCACCUUCAGCACCCGGAUGUAGGCCGACGGUGCCUGGCUUGACCCUCCACGGAUGGACUCAGUGGAUGACGUUAGCCAUGAGGGCGCAUCCUGAUGAAGAGGCUCGCAGGUUCGCCAAGGUGAUCACGAUGCUGCCCAUUAAUGCCGAGAGUCCACUUGACGGCAAGCUAGAAAGACUUCCGAAGCAGAUAUCCCGUCACCUUUUGCCGGAGAAGGCCGACCCAGCAUCCCGGGGAAAGUUCAGCGCCGCCCUUCGAGUGGUACAGGAAGCUUUGGGACUGUUGUCUCCGCCUCCCAAACCGAGUCUCCAGGAACGACGGCCAUCUCAAUCGCGCGCUGUUAGCCCUAGGUCUCGAUAUAAGCCCUCAUCCGUUGACAUUCCGUCACCUCCCUCCUCAGUCUCCGGGGCGGCCGUGGAUGAUGAGUACCGGAGAGGUGACCGUGAGCGCGAGCGAAACUACCGCGACCUUCCAGGAAGACCAUACGAGAGUAAUGGCUCCGCGAGGCGAGACCCUCCAUUAUCGCGAUCAACAACGGGACUUGGCUUGCCCACUCGCCCCCCCUCGCGGACCGGACCCCCUUCGACAACAAGUUCUCGCCGACGUAGCUCACCUGGCCCCUAUCACAGAAGCUCCGUAUCAGGGGCAAGUGGAAGAGAGGAGAGGGGAUACACCAGGUCGUCGUCUGAUGCUACCAUAUAUCCUCACCGGUCGGACCAAAGAGAGCGAGAGCGUGAACGAGAAAGAGAACGCGAAAGAGAUAGGGAGCGGGAGCGGGAGCGUGAUCGUGACAGAGAGAGAGAUGCCCGAGACUCCAAGGCCAGAGGACGAGAAAGGGAGGCAGACAGAAGGGACAGAGGCAGUCGAAGAUCGGCCUCGGUGGUGAGCAACACGGACCGAAAAGGAGGCCUUGGUCGUCCUAACCGAAGGAGUUCUGUGAUUGUCCAAGAUGAACGAGCGGGCAACUUGGGACGUGCCCCGACGUGGGGAGAUUUCUUUACAGGAAAGUCAGCCAUGGCUUGA